GCCAGUCCGAGCGGACACUUUUCUCUAUCAGCCGCACACGCGCACAAACCUGCUAGGUGACUGGUAGCUUAUCUUGUAGCUUUCAGCCAGACUGACCGACGUGAGGUGAAGUGAAGUGAAUGGACGCUAACAUGUCCAAAGACAAGAACGACACGAUCAUGGAGGCGGAGAACAAGGUGCUGUGGUACCCGGACUCCAAGAGGGAUACGCGGAUGGACCAGUUCAGGCGGCAGGUGAACCACGAGCACGGGCUCAACCUGGCAGGACAAGUGAGCACUUUGUACCUCCGCCAAGGCCAGCCAGUGUCAAUAAAAAACAGGUUUUCCACUCCCGCAAAAAAAGACAAACAUUCCUUUAAGUUGGCUGCUGUCAACUACCGGGACUUGUACCAGUGGUCAGUGGAUUGCUACGCCGAGUUCUGGUCGUGUGUGUGGCGCUUCUGCGGUGUGGUCAGCUCCAAACCCUACCACGAGGUGGUGGACGUGUCCAAACGAAUUUCAGAUGUUCCCGAGUGGUUUUCAGGCGCUCGCCUGAACUACGCAGAGAACCUGCUCAAACACACCGAGCAAGACAAAGUUGCUCUUUAUUCUGCAACUGAGGCUAGCGAGGAGAUCAUUAAAGUCACCUUCCGUGAGCUGAGGCGUGAUGUGGCAUUGUUUGCUGCCGCCAUGAGAAAGAUGGGUGUACAGACAGGAGACAGAGUUGUGGGUUACCUGCCCAACAGCAUCCAUGCGGUGGAAGCCAUGUUGGCAGCUGCCAGCAUCGGAGCCAUUUGGAGCUCCACGUCGGUUGACUUUGGAGUCAAUGGCGUUCUGGACAGGUUCUCUCAAAUCCAGCCGAAGCUGCUGCUCUCUGUCGCCGCUGUGGUUUACAACGGAAAAACUCACAACCACGUGGACAAGCUGACCUGCGUCGUCAAAGGCCUUCCUGACCUGCAGAAGGUGGUGGUGAUUCCCUACGCUCGUGACAAACAUCACAUCGACCUCUCCAAGAUCCCCAGCAGUGUGUUUAUCGACGACUUUCUGGCGUCCGGUCGUGGUGAUGGUGAUCAGCUCCCCCAGCUGGAGUUUGAGCAGCUGCCGUUUAGCCACCCGCUUUUCAUCAUGUACUCGUCAGGAACCACAGGAGCUCCCAAGUGUAUGGUCCACUCGGCUGGGGGCACAUUAAUCCAGCACCUUAAAGAACAUGUUCUCCACGGCAACAUGAGCAGCAGUGAUGUCAUCAUUUACUACACCACUACGGGUUGGAUGAUGUGGAACUGGCUAGUUUCGUCUCUGGCUGUGGGCGCUUCGGUGGUCCUGUAUGACGGGUCGCCCCUCAUGCCCACGCCCGAUGUCCUCUGGAACCUGACCGAGACUCUGGGCAUCAGCAUCUUCGGCACUGGAGCCAAGUGGCUGUCUGUGCUGCAGGAGAGGAACCUUCAACCCGCCGAAACCCACAACCUGCAGUCUCUGCACACCAUCUUGUCCACGGGCUCCCCCCUCAAGCCCCAAAGCUACGACUACGUGUACCGCUGCAUCAAAAGUGACGUGCUGCUGGGCUCCAUCUCGGGUGGCACAGACAUCGUGUCAUGUUUCAUGGGUCAGAACCCAACAGUGCCGGUGUAUCGGGGAGAGAUCCAGACAAGAAACCUGGGCAUGGCUGUGGAAGCGUGGAACUUUGAAGGUAAGCCUGUUUGGGGAGAAAGUGGCGAGCUGGUGUGUUUGAAACCCAUUCCGUGCCAGCCCAUGCGUUUCUGGAAUGACGACAACAGCAGCAAGUACCACAAAGCCUACUUCUCCACCUUCCCGGGUGUGUGGGCCCACGGUGACUACUGCAAAAUCAAUCCCAAGACGGGAGGCAUUGUCAUGCUCGGCAGGAGUGAUGGAACAUUGAACCCCAAUGGUGUUCGCUUUGGCAGUUCUGAGAUCUACAACAUUGUGGAGGCCUUCGAGGAGGUAUCGGACAGCCUGUGCGUGCCUCAGUACAAUGCCGACGGCGAGGAGAGGGUGCUCCUGUUCCUCAAGAUGGCACCCGAGAAGCCCUUCAGCGCUGAGCUGGUGGCCAAAGUGAAGGCAGCCAUUCGGAAAGCGCUGUCCGCCCGUCACGUGCCCGCCCUCCUGCUCCAGAUACCUGACAUUCCUUACACGCUGAGCGGAAAGAAGGUGGAGGUGGCGGUGAAGCAAGUUCUGGCUGGUCGCGAGGUUUCCCAGCGCGGGGCUUUCUCCAACCCCGAAUCUCUGGAGCUCUACAAGAACAUUCCGGAACUGCAGAACUUUUGAACCACGAGGAAGAAAAUGUUAAAAAUGAAAAUAAAAGACAAUUUCAUUUUGCUGCCCCAUUGACAUGAGAGCAGCGAACAACCAACGCUGCUAACAAACAAAGGAGGCACUCUUUGCUUUGGCAUGAGCACUUUGGUUUGACGUCAGCCGCCAUUUUCCUCACCCAGUUUGAAGUCCCAGAACCGCAAAUGUACGCUAAACGUUCUAAAUGGACGAUACAGAAGUUGGCUAUGAACUUUAAUUGUUAUUAUUGUGGUCUGAUAAAUGUAUUGAGACAGUUUCCAUUCUAUUCUAAUGGAACAAUAGAUAGUCGGCUUCAGAAAUCGAGUAUUUGGACUAAAGUACUGUGACAGCUUCUACUCUUCUAGAAAAUGUCAGAUGGAAAAGCUCACAUUUAACAUUCUAAUGGUUAAAAACAAUGAAUUGAACUAAGUCUUAUUAUUGCUCUUCAGAAAUACAAUAUACAGACAAAUGUCUAUCAAAUCCUUUUGUCCAUGUAGGUUUGUGUAAAGAGAGGUCUUAAAACAGUUGUUUUUUUUAAUCACGAUAUAAUGAAUGAAAGUGAGUAUGACUUUGGUAAUUUGGUUCCAUGAACCAGGCAGGGACCAAGAGUGCAUCAUCAAAAUUGAAAGUGUGUAAAUAUUUGUGUCCAAAAUAUGGAAAUAUGAUCAUAAAUGUGACUUUUUCCAGUUCAUUCCGUG